AUGGAACUAAUUCAGAGGGAAAUAGACCGCAUUCAAGAAGGUUUUUUUCAUUUCCAAGAAUACUUGGGAUUCCAAAAAAAAACAGAUAAAAAACAUCAAGAACUCCGGAUGAUUUUAAUAGGUCCACCUGGUUCAGGCAAAGGAACUCAAGCACCCAAAAUCAAAAAAGAAUUCUGCAUAUGUCAUUUAGCAACUGGAGAUAUGCUUCGUUCUCAUGUUGUUCGAAAAACAAGUUUAGGUCAAAAAGCAAAAACAAUUAUGGACAAAGGAGAGCUUAUAAAUGAUGAAAUUAUGAUUAAUAUGAUUAAGAAUGAGCUUUCAGAAAACAAAGAAUGCAAAAAUGGAUUUAUUCUUGAUGGAUUUCCACGUACCAUUUUACAAGCAAAAAAAUUAGAUAAAAUGUUAGAAGAAAAUGGAAAACGAAUCGAUUAUGUUUUUGAAUUUCAAAUUCAUGAUGAAUUACUUAUUCAUAGAAUAACAGGUCGUCUAAUUCAUUUACCAAGUGGUCGAACUUAUCAUAAAGAUCUUUAUCCACCUAAACAACCUAUGAAAGACGAUAUUACAGGAGAGCCUUUAAUUCAACGUUCCGAUGAUAACAUUGAAACACUAAAAAGCAGAUUAAAAGCUUAUCGAGAACAAACUUCUCCUGUUGUUAAUUAUUAUAAAUCACGUGGUAUUUGGAUAGGAUUAGAUGCCACACAAAAUCCUACCAAAGUUUGGCAGUCCAUACAAUCUAUUUUCGCAAAUCCUUAUCAAAAAGAGGCAUUUUCUACUUAAAUUUAUCGUUCUUUUUCAUUAAAAAAACUUCUCAUCAAAAAAACAUAUUUUUUCUUAGAAAAAAACCCCUCUUAUUCAUAAAUAUACACAAGAUAUUUUUAAGC